UGAUGUUGUGCAGGACAGAGAUCUCCUCACUGUCAUCCUCCGACUGUUCAUUGGUAGUUUGACAGGUGGAUGUGUCUGCUGUCUGCUUCAGUGUUGUGUGAUUGCUCUUGUUUUGUUGAGCAUCUUCUUUUAUCUGAGUGAAAUCAUUUUCAAACAGUUUCAGAUUCCCCUGAAUCAUGACCGUCCCGUUUUUAUAUAGGUUGGCUGUUAUCAUGACAGAAUCUGAAUCAUCAUUAUCUUUAACCUGUAGUUUCCAUCCAUUACUGAUGCCCUUUCUGAUGACUGAGGGGUAAUGAUGUCUGAUCGCUGAGUGCCAGGCUUCUGGGUCUUCUGUAUAAAAGAUGAUGUUGCUGACCUCUCCGCUCUUAUACAGGUCUGAGAACAGUGUUUCUGUGUUGUCCUUCAGGAGUUUCUCUUUAUGCUUUUUCUUUAAGGUCUCAUUUGUAGCUGAAGGUGGAUAUUUGAUGGGGAUGGAUUCUGGCAUUCUUCAAAUAAUGUGACUGUUGCUGGCAGUUAGGUGUUGUUUUUUGAAUAUGCAGAAAUCCACUGGAGUUUAGUCUUUAAACUAUAUAUUAAUUUGUCCAAAAAGGCAUAAAAUCCACUCCAAAAUGAAGUCUUGAUCUGUAGAUCUGUACUCACUUUCAGAUUGCUCUUUCUUUCUGGUUCUGUGAGAGUUUUUAGGCCUUUUGUAGCUGCUCUCUGCCCGUUUUCUCGUAGUUUUUCUUAAUUAUAUGAAAAACUGUUUAAAAGUCUUCAUUCAUGUAUUAUUAAUUUGAAGCAAGUUUUGUUGUCUCAAAAUUUAUAAAAACUGAAUGUCUGUCUUAUCCUAAAACAACAUAAAAAAUGAAAAAUAUCAGGAGCUCAUUUUGUUGCUGCUACCUCAACGGAACUCUCUCUCUCUCUCUUUUUUUUUAAGCUAUGUAUAUAAGCUAUGUCACUGUUAAAGGAUUGCAAUUAAUAAUACAGAAUCAUUGAAUAUUAAAGGUGGUUUAGGCAACAACAUGCAUUCAAAACCAAUUUGACAACCAAUUUAAAUACAUUCAGAUUUUGAGAGAUCUACAACUUUGUAAAUGAAAAACUUAAUAGCAAAAGCUGUAAUGGGGAUGUUUCUAAUUUUAAGCACCGUCUAUGAAGGUCUUUGCUGACCUCUAGUGGCUGAAACCUGAAUUGCUACCCUCAGGUUAAUUACACUCUGAUUGGCUUACAGGUGUCAUGGGAUUUAUAUUUGUUUGUGAAGCCCUCUGCAGUGCAUAAUUUCUCCUUCCAUUUUUAACUAGAGCUAUUUGUGAACAUGAAAUAUGUAUUAUUUUUAAUCUUCUGUCUGAUUUUGUGUAAUGCUGAUCCUGAAACAAUUGCUAACGUGAGCUUAUCAACUGACACAGAUUGCAUUUUUGACAAGGGCUGUUCUGACAUGGCUGGUAUACGCUCAUUCAUCAAUGUGGAAGAUGAGAAGGAGAAUCGGAUUAUAGGCGGUCAGGAAGCGUGGGCACAUUCCUGGCCAUGGCAGGUGUCUCUGGACUACUCUGAUAUGCAGGCAUGUGGAGGGGCCAUUCUUGAUCUGCAGUGGGUGAUCACGGCUGGCCACUGCUUCAGACGUUAUAAAAAGGCAUCGCUGUGGACCGCAGUGGUAGGCAGACACAAUUUGGAGAAUGCUAAUGAAUCCUGCCAUCAAUCUGUAGGGGUGGAAAAAAUCAUCACUCAUGAAAACUUCAACCAGAAGACAAAUGAGAAUGAUGUUGCCCUGCUGAAACUCCAGAGUCCACUGCAGUUUAAUGAAUGUGUGAGACCUGUUGCUAUCUGGAACAGUGACGUACUGUCUCAGGAGAUGUGUACUGUCACUGGCUGGGGUGCCAUUAGAGAAAAUGGUCCUCGUGCCUCCAGACUCCAAGAGGUCAAUGUAACCGUUUUUAAGCAAGAGACAUGUAACCAGUUUUUCAGAGGCAAAAUGCAUGAGUUUAUGAUGUGCGCAGGAGCGGACGCUGGUGGAACGGAUGCUUGUCAGGUAAACAUUUGCUGGUGGUGUUCGAAAGUAAAUGUUCUUCUAGGACUUGUAUGUCUGUGUGAUUGGGUUGUGUGCUCUGAAUCUUUUUUCAGGGGGACUCUGGUGGUCCCCUUUCUUGUUUCACAGGCGAGAGGUAUAAGCUCAUCGGGGUGGUCAGCUGGGGGGUCGGAUGCGGUCGGGCCAAAAAGCCAGGGGUCUACACUAAUCUUUUUCAUUACAAGCACUGGAUUGAUUUUGCAAUACAUGGUGAUUUCAUGGAAGAAGAAUCUGGAAUGGAUUCAGCCGUGUGGGCAGGCCAAGGUGGACCCCUGUCAACUGCCCAGUGGCUUGGCACAGUUAGUCCCCUCUGCGGAUGGCACAUUUCAGGUGGACAAUGUAAGCGAGGCAUGUCCUAACUCCUGGCCUUGGCAGGUCAGCCUGCAAAGUCAUGAUGCACAUUACUGUAGCGGCAUCCUUGUUCACCCACAUUGGGUACUGGCACCUCGCCACUGCUUUGCCAAGGUUGGAGAUGUUGUGUUCUUGGGAGUUCAUGAUCUCAACUUCAUGUCUGGCCAGACUUCAGCUGUGAAAAGCGUGCAGAGUCUGCCUUACGAUGGCAGCUUCCCACCUGUCUCUGAUCUCUCCAUGAUCCGUCUAACUGUCCCGGCUCGAAUAGGACCGACAUUAUUACCGGUGUGCCUACUGGAAAAUGAUGAUGAAAUAGUUAAUGAAGAAGGGUCUUCUUGUGUGACAACAGGCUGGGGGCCGAGUAAAACUACAUCGGAUCUGAACCCUGAUAUUUUGCAUAUGGCCAAAGUAAAUUUACUUUCUGAUAAAGACUGCAAAGCUGGCUGGGGGGAAAUUAUGAGCAAGACGUUUCUUCUGUGCACAGACACAGCAGCAUCCACAUCCUGCUUGGGGGACUCUGGUGCACCCCUUGUGUGUCAGAAGGAUGGCCUUUACUACCUUGUUGGACUGGAAGCAGGGGGAGGCAAGAAAUGCGCACCACUGAAACCAGCUGUAUUCUCCCGAGUAUCUGCCUUUUACUCAUGGAUACAAACUUGGGUCAAAACUUCAUAAAAUAUAUAAUAAAGCAUAUUAAAUAUUGUAUAUUUUCUCCUUGUGUGGCUCAAUUACUGAUCUGUCAUACACAUCAAUGCAUGCCAUUGUUUUGCUAUGCCUUAGGUAGUGGUCCACCUGAAAGAGAAACCUAUUCUGUACAGUAUCACUGAAGCCAAAGGUAGGCCAGAGGAGGGCAGUCUUACCGCUCUUAUCAGAAUAUGUGAUGUAGGGAUAUGCAGUGGUUAAAUGUUGAUUUUAAGGAACAGGGUUACAGUUCAGUGUUGUGUUCAAAUGUAGCUAUUGCUUUUUACAGUAUGCACUACAUCGCUGCAGGAAUAAUGAUAGAAUCAAUCUACGUGAACUGCGCCCUCCAAUGGUGAUUUAUGUAAAUUAGACUUCCGUAAGAUAAAAAGGGGAGCUUUAACUGUGAGUACAGUUUCAUUACCGGAGUCUGCUUACACACCUAUUGGGGAGAUAUGUUUCACUGAAAAGAAAGGAAGAAACCAUAAAAUAAGAGCUUUACUCAUUCAGAAUAUUGUGUGUGCUCCCUCUGCAGUUUCAUAUUGGAAAUGCGUUUUUGAUCAUUUCAAUUGGAAUAAUGUGUGUUCCUUAAAAAAAAAAAGAUUUUUUCUUGCAAAGUAAAAAAAAAUUUUACUUUGUAAGUUUUAAAUUACUUCACAAUAUAAACACUACCAAAGAUUUCUAAGAAAGAAAUUCAGUUCUAAUUUUCACAUCAAAUGCAGAAUGACACUGAUCUUCUUCAUAUAUUUUGGUUGUGCAAUUGUACUCAGCAAUUUUGGAAGUAUGUUGGUUUGUUCAUCUCAAACAAGAUUGUUAAAGGUUUUUUAUAAGUCCUAAAAUUGUUGUUUUUGGAUUCUUUGAAGGAGAUUCAAAUGCUUGCUUUAUAAUAAAUCUGAUUCUGUAUUUGUGUAGAUUUUAUAUACAUAAGUGCAAAUAUUCUGGUAUUUUUACAAGAGAUAAAACAGUAUGUAAAGACAAUUGUAUUUUCUUUUAACAAGAAAGCACUCAGAACAUGCUCUAUUUGCAUGACUUAUAAUCUAUUGAAUGUUUUUCAUUUGUGAUUUUUCUUAAUGCCCUCACCUUCUUUUAAAUGUAUACUUUUUGUUUUGUCUUAUUUGAGACAUGAUAAUUCUUGUUUUGUUAUUUUUUCCUUUUGUUUUUCUUUUCUUAUUAUGUGAUUCCUAUUUGUUGUUAUGUGUUGAUGUUUCAGUUGUAAUGAUACGACUACAUGUUCAAUACAAAUAAGAAUAAAAAGGUUCUGUAAUUUUAUAUAAGAAAAUAGGGGGGUUUAGUCUCAUGCAAUGUGUUUGAAGGUCUUUGUUUAAAUCACAAAUUUUUG